AUGCCGGGCCUGAGGAAGGGAGAGGCCGGGGAGUGGGGACCCGGGGGUUCCCCGAGAGCGCAGAGGCGACCGUCGGCGGAGGUUCCAGGGCCGAGCAGAAAGGGACCCUCUGCCCACAUCCCGCCCGCGCGCCCGCCCGCACGCCCGGGAGAGCCGCCGCCGCCGCCGCCGCCGCCGCCGCCGCCCGGCUCCGAGGGAUCCCGCCGGACCUGCCCCUUCCACUGCGGCUCACUCUCUGCCCUGCCUGGCGCCAGUCCUGGAUCGCCGGCUUCCUAUUUAUACCACACUGGGCUCCUCUCGACUCACUUUACCAUCCCGUUCCAGGUGGACCCUAACCUCCCUCGAGCUCCCUCCCCCGGCAGGACCCCCUCCCCCAACGGCCCCCCAAAGCUCGGGCUUUCCUGAAACAUCUCCCAGAGUCUCUCCCUUUAACUGGACCCGGUCAUACCUCUCUCUCGCUCUCCCCGCUUCGUUGUCUCGCUCCCCACCCCCCACCCCCCGCCCCAUUUUCCUGUUCCCCUUCCUUCUUGCUCUCCUCCUUUGCCUUUCCCCCUCAUCUGCUUAUUUCUUGCCAUAGGAGUUUUAUUCUUUAUGAGCGUUUGCCACACAACCCCCCCCACCCCCACCCCGAAACACUCCCUCCCAGUCCCUUCCCCCGCCAACAACCCAAAAGACAGAACAAAAUACACACAAGGCAGACACAAGGCCAGAAACUUACCUGCUUUCAACCAGCUGCAAAGUCAAGGCUCACUUAAGCUCCCCCCCAAAAAUCAAUUGUCCUUCCUUUUUAAAGGUUUGCUCUCUCCUUGGGAGGGGGAAAACACCUUCUGGAUCCCAACUCCAGGCAAUCACUCUUUACAAUUUAUUUUGUCGUACAUCAUUUGAUCACCAUGAAUUAGCAACAGCAAGAAAAUGUAGGAGAGGGAGAAAAGAGAGAAAGAGAGAGGGAGAGAGAGGGAGAGAGAGGGAGAGAGAGAGAGGGAGCAGAGCUUUCUGCAAGAGAAGAAGAAGAAAAAAUGUACGUGUGACAAAUUAUGCUACCAAGAAACAACACAUCAUUAUCCUUGGGCCUGGGGCUCAGUGAGUCGUAACGAGAGUAAUAGGAAAUCCACGGUUGGGGAGAGAAACGGUCGUGCUUGGCCAGUAGAGAGAGACCAUACAGGGGGAUGGAUGCUGGAGAGACUCGCAAAAUUAUGGCUCAAGGCUAUUGUAAAAAUUGUCGAGCGUAAAUGACUGCGAUUUCAAACAUCUUUGGAAGAAAGAAGGGGAAAAAGCGAGCCCCCCCUUCCUCCCUCUCCCUCUCUCUCCCUCUCUCUUCUCUCUCUCUAUAAAGAACCGUCAAGUUUUAGUGCGCAUUGCUAAUUAGUCAAUUUCUCUCUGCCUUCACAGGCUGGCGACUUCGCUGCUGAGCUGAAACUGCUAAUUUCUGUGACCAGCUUUUUUCUUAGCUGUGAUCUGGAUGAAUGAGUAGCUGUCUCACAGAGAUGACAAAAAUAAACUCUAAUCCCCCCCAAAAUUUCCACUACAUCUUUCUCAUGCAUAGAUUUAUGAUCUUCAAGCGCUCUGUGCAAUAUGCAAACUUUUUUUUGUGUCUGUAUAUAUGCUGUUGUUUCCAGAUUUCACUACAUUGGUAUGCUGCUCCCCCACCCCCACCCCCACCCCAUGAAAUGCAGAAACCGUCUGAUCUCAAAGUAUGCCAGGAUGCCACUUUCUAGUGUCUUGAUAUUUGGGGUUUGUGUCUGAUUUGAAAGACACUGGCCCUCGCCUAAGAGGUGAGUGGCUGAGUGUACAAACUGGGGUGGGGGGCGUGGGGUGGGAAAUUAGAACUAGUAGGACGGAAUAGAGGACAGCCCUUCUCUUUACGUGUGUUUCCCUGUACUAUUCAAGCUUUCUGAUCUUGUUGGAAAACAUAUUUUCUCUAUUAUUUUGUCUGGUUAAGCAACCAUCUCGGAACUUCUGUGUCAGCUCUUCAACAGAUAAGGGUUCAGAAGUCACAUUUUUUUUUUUAAUUGAAAGAUUAUCAUAUUGUCAGAUAUGUCUUUCAAUUAGGAGUGUUUGAUUUGCAGGAGCUAGAGAGUCAAGUGCUAGGAAGCCCAGCUGCAAUUUCACAAAUGUAACCUUUAAACUUUGGACCUCAUCUGGUAUAUAAGGAUGACCACAUAAAGCUCACAUUUUUGACCCUGCUUAGCAUGCAGAAUGAAGCCCGGAAUGAUUCUGGAAUUUCAGCUGUACCAGAGAUUCAUGUGUAUUUUGGUAGAGGACACGUUCUCUAGACUCAUUUCAUGAUGUAUUGUGCCCUUACAUUUAUAGC